AUGGAAGGACGACGUCGGUCGUCGAGAACGCCACACCGCAGGACAAGCGUGCAGGAAGAUGCGGCCGUCUUGGCUCACUUGGGAGUCAAGCAAGAGUUGAAGCGCAACUUCUCGUUGUUUUCCAUGCUUGGAUUGGCCUUUGCCAUUCUCAACUCAUGGACCGCUCUGGGAGCCAGUAUGUCCCUGGCCUUGCCUUCGGGAGGCCCCGACGCCGUCAUUUGGGGCCUCAUUGUCGCCGGCAUCUGUAAUUUAUGUCUAGCCUCGUCCCUAGCCGAAUUUCUCUCGGCCUAUCCCACGGCUGGCGGCCAGUAUCAUUGGGUUGCCGUCAUCAGCUGGAAAGGUUGGGUCGCCAUUCUUUCCUGGAUCACGGGCUGGAUCAACACCGCCGGCUGGGUGGCGUUGACGGCUACCGCGGGACUCUUGGGCAGUCAACUCAUCCUCGGAGUCAUCUCCCUCUUCAACCCGGCCUACGAGCCACAUCGUUGGCACCAGUUCCUCAUCUACAUCGGAUACAACAUCGUUGCUUUUCUGGUCAACGCUUUCAUGACCAGGCUUCUCCCAUGGGUUACCAAGUCUGCUUUGAUAUGGUCGAUCACGGGCUGGCUGGUUAUCUCCAUCACGGUGCUUGCGUGCUCAUCGCCAAACUACCAAUCCGGCGACUUUGUCUAUCGAACUUUUAUCAACGAAACUGGUUGGCCAGACGGCCUUGCAUGGCUUUUGGGUCUGCUGCAGGGAGGUUUGGGUUUGACCGGCUUUGACGCGGUGUCCCAUUGUAUCGAAGAGCUACACGAUCCUACCUAUGUUGGCCCCCGGAUUAUGAUCGCUUGCGUCGUCAUUGGCAUGUUGACCGGCUUCGUGUAUCUGAGCGUGCUUUUGUUUGUUUCCAAGGACGUGGACGCCGUCAUCAGCUCUGCGGCCGGGCCGAUGCUGCAAAUCUUUUAUGACGCGACCAACAACAAGGCGGGCUCCGUUUGUUUGCUCAUGUUCCCACUGAUCUGCUUGCUGUUCGCCGGUAUUAGCAUCAUGACCACCAGCAGCCGGAUGGUCUAUGCCUUUGCCCGAGACCGUGGUCUUCCUUUCUCCCGUGUUUUCGCCAAGGUGCAUCCCACUCUCGAUGUCCCGCUGAAUGCGCUGUGGUUGACAGUGAUUCUUGUUGUCAUUUUCGGCUGCAUUUUCCUGGGUUCCACAAGUGCGUUCAACGCUAUUAUAUCGGCAUCUGUGGUGGCGCUGGGCGUCACGUAUGCCAUUCCGCCGGCAAUCAACUGCCUUCGCGGGAGGAGGAUGUUUCCCGAAUCUCGUCCGUUUGUCCUGCCCAGCGUGCUCGGUUGGGCGUGUAACCUGAUCGGAAUCGCCUACACAAUUCUCACCACGGUGUUGUUCAUGUUUCCGCCCUUCACUCCGGUGACAGGCAGCAAUAUGAACUAUUGUGUGGCGGCAUUCGGAAUCGUCCUGGUCAUAUCCAUUAUUCAGUGGAUCGUCGAUGGCCGGAAGAAUUUCACCGGCCCGCAGAUCGAUGUCGAUGCGCUGAGAGCUGGCGCUGUUGUUGGUAUGGCCCCUGUGGAGACCAACACGGAGAAACAGAGCGACGAUACAUUGUUCGGAGAUCAUAAGAAAGCGGACAAGGGCAAUCCUUGA